CCUUUCCCCUCUUCGGAUUACAUUUAUAGUUUUCCAUUAGCUGACCGAUCUACGGCUCAAAUCCCAUUUCACUGUCUCCUUCCUUCCUCCACCUCUCCCCUUGCCCCUACAAAAAUCGCCGGAACCUCCUAUCCCUACUCACCAAAAACUUUCAAAUCUCUAGCUUUCCCUCGUUUUCUCGAGAAACAAACAGAAACCCGAAACCCCAAUUUCCCAAUUCAUUUAUUUCAAGGGCACAAAGUAAACAGCAAGAAAAUCCACCGGAGGGAAAGCCCUGAGGAACAACUAGCUACGAAGGCAGCCAGGAAAACAUCUUUUUGGACACGAGCUAAACUUCUAAAACUGUGGUUGUUGAGAGCUUCUAUCAUCUCAAUUCAGUCACAGGAUGGAAUCUGGUCGACCAUCAAGUACUAAUCAUGAGCUGAGUCAUCAAGUUUCGCUUGAUAUUGAUAGAUUAGCCCAAUCCGUGACGGAAGAGCUGGAAAUCUCAAAUCCUUUCUCCGACACAUGCUGUAUAUAUAAAGUUCCUGAGCGAUUACGCGAGCUGAACGAAAAGGCCUACACACCUCGAUUAGUCUCCAUAGGCCCAAUUCACCAUUGUAAUGACAAGCUAAAAGCCAUGGAAGACCACAAAAGAACGUACCUGAAAGAAUUCAUUGCCCGGACCAAGGUAAGUGUGAAGGGUUUUAUUGAAUUGAUCAAGGAGAAGGAAACAAGAUUGCGUAAUUGCUAUGCGGAGACCAAUGGGUUUAGUAGCGAAAACUUCAUAAAAAUGAUAUUAAUGGAUGCUGCCUUCGUCAUUAUGUUUUUGCUGAAGUGGACUUACACAGACUUCAGAGGAAGCAGAGACAGCAUUUUCUAUCCUCCAUACAAGAGUGUAGAUGUAAGGGUUGAUAUCUGUUUGCUUGAAAAUCAGCUCCCGUUCUUCAUCCUCGAGGAGUUGUGUGGACUAUCCCCUAUAUUCGGCAAUUCUCCAAAAGCUACACUGAUUGAGCUUACUCAUUGGUUCUUUUCAUAUGAAUGGGGUUCAUGGGCAGUAGGGGAAUAUUUGGGGAGAGUAGAUUUCUCCGAAGUGAAACAUUUGGUUGACUUUCUUACAAUUUAUCAUCGGCCAACUGAACAGCUACAGUAUGAGGAACUUGAGGUUCUAACCGCACCCAGUGUAAAUGAGCUCCACCAAGCGGGGGUCAAGUUUGUGUUGAGUUCAAGCAAAAAUCUUCUUGACAUUAAAUUCGAUAGAAAUAAAGGGAGACUGGAAAUUCCACGAUUACAGUUUGUUGACGACUCAGAAAUCAUAAUCAGGAAUAUGCAAGCCUUUGAGCAGUGCCAUGGCCUGAAACAUGGUUAUGUUGGUGACUAUAUCUUCUUGAUGGGUCUCUUUGUCAGUGCCAGUAAGGAUGUGGAAAUGCUUGUUGAAAAUCGUAUUAUAGAAAACUGGCUACCGUCUAAUGAGGAAGUGGUACAACUCUUUUACAAUCUCAACAAACAAAAUAGUGUGUGGUCAGGUACUUUUCUCUUUAAAGGUCUCAUUAAAGAUCUGAAUGCAUUCUGCGAAAGGCCAUGGAACAAGUGGAAGGCAAAUUUAAAGCAAAAUUAUUUCAAUACCCCAUGGGCAGCAGUCUCUGUCUCAGGAGCUGUUAUUCUUCUCAUUCUGACUGUCAUACAAUCCGUCUGCUCUAUACUUCAAGUAGUUUAGCUUCUGCAAUUUCAAUUCUUUCAUGUUGCUCUGUACUCUAUACCCAUAAUCCUUGUUUUCAAUAGAAAUUCCAAGUUAUCUCCUCCAGAGGUCAGCAGUCUCGUAAUUGAAUUUGUUUUCUCAGUGGUAACAAUUUUUUUGUCUGCUUGUUUUGUUCUAAUACUAGCUAUCAUCUCAGUUCAGUCACACUCACAUGUGCUGAAUCAUCAAGUUUCGCUUGAUAUUGAUAGAUUACGCGAGGCACCUGUGAAGGGACAGCUGGAAAUCCCAUACGCUUUCUCCACCACAUGUGCCAUAUAUAAAGUUCAAGAGCGAUUACGCCAGUUGAACGAAAAGGCCUACACACCUCGUGUAGUCUCCAUAGGCCCAAUUCACCACGGUAAAGAGAAGCUAAAAGCCAUGGAAGACCACAAAAGAAUGUACCUGCGGGAAUUCCUUGCCCGGACAGGGGUAAGUGAGGAGGCUUUUAUUGAAUUGAUCAAGUAGAACGAAAAAAGAUUGCGUAAUUGCUAUGCGGAAACCAUUGAGUUUAGUAGCGAAUACUUCAUAAAAAUGAUAUUAAUGGAUGCUGCCUUCGUCAUUAUGUUAUUGCUGAAGUGGACUUACACAGACUUCAGAGGAAGUAGAGACAGCAUUUUCCAUCCUCCAUACAAGGGUGUAGAUGUAAGGGUUGAUAUUUGUUUGCUUGAAAAUCAGAUCCCGUUCUCCAUCCUCGAGGAGUUGUGUGGACUAUCCCCUGUUUUCUUCCUUGAACUUUUCUUCUAAAUGACAUAUUUGUUUCAGUAGAAAUUCCAAGCAAUGAAGACUGUAUAAUUUGUUCU